GAAUCUCCAUUUUCCUGUGUAGGUAAGAUGAAGAUGAUCAAACUGACACAACAAUUACUCUGGGGGUUCAUUUUGCUCUGCACAGUAAACCUCAGCAUCCAGCAAGUGUCCAGUGGCAACCAAAGCUCUCGAGGACAAAGAGGGUCAUCACAGGAGAGGACGGGGACAUGUGAAGUGGUUGCGGCUCAUCGCUGCUGCAAUAAGAAUAAGAUUGAAGAGCGCUCUCAAACAGUCAAGUGUUCUUGCUUCCCCGGACAGGUAGCUGGGACAACAAGGGCACUGCCCUCUUGUGUUGAAGCCUCCAUUGUGCUUCAGAAAUGGUGGUGUAAAAUGGAGCCGUGUCUGCAGGGGGAGGAGUGUCGAGUUCUCCCUGACCUCACUGGUUGGUCAUGCAUCUCUGGGAACAAAGUGAAGACCACGAAGAGUAUCCAACUUAUCCGAGACACACGCUUUACCAGCCUUUGGGUGGCACGGUAGCAAGACAGAAGCUUCUGCUAAAGAGUUCAAUCUUCACCUGACCUGCUGCUGUCAACUUUUGCAAUAUUGGACCCCUCACAGACAAAGCAGAGAUAAACAGAUAUUUAAUUAGAUAUCUCCUGGCUGAGCUCAAAACUGCAGAAACUUAUUAUUUAAUUUUCAUUUUUCUUUGAAUAGUUUUGUUUUGUGUUAAUCCCCUAGAGAGAACAAUCCAUUAAAUUUGACAAGAG